AGCCCCCUACUAGUCUUUUGCCCUAUGCCUGGUUUGUUUUUGCUCUUAAAUUGGGCGCCGGCGGGUCUCUUUACUGCUCUUGCGACGCUCUUAGCCAAGGCUCGGGGCCAUUGCCCGGGUUACUACCGCUAACGACCCGUGAGUGCAGCUCGCGGACCAUCAUGAACUCCGAGUCGAGCGCGCGUCUCCGGCUCGAGUUCCCGCUGCACUUUCUGGUGUGGCAGAACGACUACAGGCAGCUCGAGCGCGACGUCUCCCAGCACGACAUAGAGAAGGUGGACCCCAGGGGCCGUACACCGCUUCAUCUGGCCGUCUCGCUGGGACACCUGGAGUCGGUGAGAGUCCUGUUGAGGCAUGGUGCUGAAGUGACCAAAGAGAAUGCCAAGGGAUGGACAGUGCUGCAGGAGGCUGUCAGUACUGGGGAUCCAGAGAUGGUGCAGCUGGUGCUGCAGCGGAGGGACUACUUGAAGGCCUCCACCGCACUGGGAGGGGUUCCUGAGUUGCUGUGCAAGAUCCGCGAGUCCCCAGAUUUCUAUAUGGAGAUGAAGUGGGAGUUUACCAGCUGGAUCCCCCUGGUAUCACGCAUGUGCCCCAGUGACGUUUGUCGGAUCUGGAAGAGCGGCUCCAACCUACGGGUGGAUGCCACAUUGCUAGGCUUUGAGAACAUGACGUGGAUCAGAGGCAGGAGGAGCUACAUCUUCAAGGGAGACAACAACUAUACAGAGCUCAUAGAGGUCAACCAUGAGGAGGAGGUGGUUGAUACAGAGCGCUUUGAUAUCUCCCGGGAGAUGGAGGAGGUCACACUAGACUCCAUGCAGCCAGCUGAGCAAGAGGUGGCCAAGCGGCUGACCACACCCAUUGUCAACACCUACCUGGACACACGACACAUAGCCUUCGAGAGAAAUAAGUCUGGAAUCUGGGGAUGGAGGACAGAUAAAACGGAAGUUAUCAAUGGUUUUGAAGCAAAGGUGUUCACCGCGAACAAUGUCAAUGUUGUAAUCCGCACCAGGACGGAGCACCUCACGGAUGAGGAAAAGGCCAGAAUAAAAGAUGAGAGGAAUAUAUUGGAGUCUCUCCUGGGAACGGUGGAGCAGCAUGUCAGCGCUCAAGGGGAUUUAACCCUGGAGUAUGCCACUGCCACCAAUCCCACAGCUAUCUCGCCAGAGGAGUAUUUCGACCCGGACUUUGACCUGCAGGAUCGGGACAUCGGCCGACCCAUUGAGCUCACCGUUCGCACGCAGAAAUUUAAGGCCACUCUGUGGAUGAGUGAGGAGCACCCACUGUCCCUGGUGGAGCAGGUUACACCCAUCAUUGAUCUGAUGGCUCGCACCAGCACCCACUUUGCCCGGCUGCGCGACUUUGUCACCUUGAAGUUCCCCCCUGGAUUCCCAGUGAAGAUAGAGAUCCCUCUGUUCCACGUGCUGAACGCCCGCAUCACAUUUGGGAACUUGAACAAGUGCAGUACUGAGGAGCCCGCGGACUCAGUCCCGUCGACGGCUGUCCCCACCCCCACGGAGGAGGAUGAUGAUAGCGCCGUAGCCCCUCCUCCUUUCCAGGUGUGUUCCAGUAUAUUUGAGGUUCCACCACAUUACCGCCAACGUGGGGGCAACCGCAGUGGCCCAGUUCCCAAUCAUGAUGAGGAGCUGCUACAGUUUGCCAUUCACCAGAGUCUUCUCGAUGCAGAAGGCAGAUCAACCCAGGCAUCAACUUGGCUGGAUGUCAGUGAGGUGCCAGCAGAUGCCAUGACAGCUAUCCAGGGAAAUGGGUCCAUCCCAGAGGGGGCGCUGGUGGACCUUAGAGACAUCAUGAGUCCAACUAGCAGCGGCUCCACCAGCAGCCCAGACAGUGACCUGCAGCUAGCCAUGGAGCUCUCUGCUCGAGCCCAGGAAGAGGAAGAGCGAUUGCGAAGGGAGGAGGAGGAGCAGCUGGAGAGGAUUCUCAAGCUCUCACUCACAGAGCAGUAGAGGGCCGGGAUGGAGGGACAGAGUCCACUUCACUUUAAGCCUUUGGAGCAGCAAUCCCUGCCUGUUGUGGAAGAGCGCCAAACUACUGACAGUGUAGUAAUGACCUGUAGCAGGUGCUAUCUGCUAAAAGCCACUUCCUGAGUGUCCUCACUAUUAACGACACAUUAUUUCUUACUGUUUCUUACAAAUAAUCACGCAUUCAGAUUUGUAUCCCGUCAUAAAUUUUGUAAGAAUGCCGAUCCUAGGCGCUUUCUUGGUUUGUCAUGAGUAUGUGGAAGGGUUGUGUGAAAAUGGUGAAUUCACAAUGUGGAGACUUCGGAUGCAUAAUUAACCUUACCUUACCCACGUGCAACGUGGAGCAGAUGUGCAGCUGAUACUGUAGUAGUGUGGUGAGUGAUUUUAAAGGAUUUUUUUGAAAGGAUAUCUCAGGGUUCUAUCAUUAUUUUCUGCUUUGCAAAAAGUAUUCAGAUUUUUACAAGGCAUGGUGAAAUGUCACUCCUUUUGGUUAUAAAGGCAUCCAGCUAUAAGAUGCUGCUGCCCCUUGUUUUCGUGCAUGUAAAUCAGGUAUGUUCGUUUUGGAACCUCCAGAAGACAUCCGUUGUGCAUGUUGUUUGUAUGCAGCUGCCAAACAAACAGGUCAGUAAGCUCUGUGAGUGUGAAGUCGCUAUAUAGUGGGUCUUCCACACAAACAAGCAAUAGUAUGCCAGUGUGCCUGUUCAAGGAAAUAUGUUGGAGGGGAUGGUCGGUUUGGGAUGAUCCCUGCAAAUCUCCAUGGCGCAGGAAGUCUACUUGGAAUUUAUAAUGGUGAACGCUGUGGACUAUCUCUCAGACUGGUAAGUAGAGUGGUAGUUUUGGUGUGAGUGUAGCAAGAGCUUGUCUCUUCAUUCCUAUGGGUGGUGGUUGUGUGGACUCCCAGGUAAGCAACCCCUUCUCCAUUACGGAGCAUGGACAGAGCCGAAUGUAGCGUCUAACCACUUGGAGUGACCGCACUCUUCAAGGGGCAUGUCUCUGUGAAAUUCAGUGUUUACAGCUACUCUUUCCCAAAAGCAUGUCAUGCCAUCAAGACCAAAACCUAUGAAGUAUGGGCAGUUUAUUUAUGAUUGUCCAUUACAAAGUCCCUCAGAAUCAAAAUUAACUUUUUAAUUUUUGAAAAGUUUUUGUUUCUUGAUAAACCAAUAUAGCUAAGUACACUGAUAGACUGUUAAGUUUUUGGAUCCUGUGCUGAUGAAAUCUUGAAGCUGGUGAAUCUUCUUGGCACUGGUAUGAAAACUGCAGAUUUCAAUUGCCAAUUCUACAUGCACUCUGUCAUGAGACAGUUCGAUGACAGUUGUUCUAUUGGAAAGGGGAGGAGUUUGUAUGCUGCAAUAAAGCUUCAUAGCUCACUUUUUAACAUGUUAAGAAAACAUUUGUAAACGGUAAUGUUGGUUUCAAAUGUUGUAUUUUCACAUCCUUUUUCCUAAUAAAAGCACUUUAUUA